AUGGCAGCUCGCCUGCUGCUACUGCACGUGCACAGCAGCGCCUCGAGUCAACAAAGAUCGUCCAACGGCCGUCGUCCAACGCGUCUGGAUUCUUCCCACCAACACCUCGACAGCUGGUACACCCACAUCCGCAGCACCGCCCCGCCCACAUCCGCAGCACCGCCCGCCCCGCCCCGCCCCGCCCCGCACCGCACCGCACCGCACCGCAUGGCAGCUGCACCAGCCGAGUCGCCGCCCGCGCUGGCCACGACCAAGCGUAAGUUCCACAAGCUGCUCGACAACCUCACCGCCAGCACCUCGGCCACCUCGCUCGCCAGCACCCUCUACGGGUCCAGCCUCAAUGCAUCCACCGGCUCGCUGCCCCCCUCGGCCUCCCCUGAGCCGGCUGCCAAGCGCCCACGCAGCUCAGAAGCCAGCAUGGAGCGCCAGCGCCAGGUCUCCGCCGGCCAAGCGCGCAUACAGGCGCUCAAGGACCAGCUGCUCGCGCCCAAGAGGAAGGGCACGAUGCGCGCGGUGGGCACGCAAUCACAACAGACUGCGGCUGAGCCGCGCAAAGCACCCAACUUCCAGCCAUACAGCCAAGACCUGUUUCUCGCCCGACUGAAGACGUUUGCAGAUGUGAAGAAGUGGACCACCAAGCCAGAUGCCAUCAGCGAGGUCGAGUGGGCCAAGAGAGGGUGGUCGUGUGAUACAUGGAACACCGUGGCCUGCAGGGGAGGCUGCGAGAAGCGUGUUGCCGUGAAGCUGCGGCCGAAGCGGAAGGCGGCGGAUGGGAGAGACAUCGAGAUGAGCGAGGAUCUCUCGCAGGACGUGGAGCCCUCGCUAGUCGAGCGAUACAGAGCACUGAUCAUCGACGGGCAUUCAGAAGACUGUCUGUGGAGGAAAGCUGGCUGUCAAGAGCACAUCUACCACAUUCCCAUCGCCAGUCGUGCAAAGAGCGCGGCCGACCUCAUCAACCGCUACAACUUCCUCCUUGCCAUAGCCACCGACCUCCCCCUCGCAAGAAACAUCACCUACCCCGACCCGCACGUCGACUCAAUCCUCGCUCGCAUACCAUCCACCUACUUCUCCACCACCACAAGCGGCACUCCGCCAUCCACCCCUGCCGAACGCACCGCCUUUGCUUUCGCCCUCUUUGGCUGGACCGGCGUCUCCGAAUCUCGCAUCUCACUCGCCGUGUGCAAUCACUGCUUCCAGCGCCUCGGGCUGUGGCUGUCCUCGGAUGCACGUCUGCAGGAGAUGAGUAAGAAGCUUCAAGUGCCCAUCGAGUCACUACGCCUCAAUCUGCUCGAAGGCCACCGUGAACACUGCCCCUGGAAGAACGCUGAAGUUCAGGGCAACUCGGCGGAUAGCCCCAUCGCUGGCAUGGCAGCGUGGCAGACGCUUGAGUUUAUGCUUCUGGGUAGUAGGAAGAACAAGGAGCUUCCUAAAACUUCGAGUGAGCAUGGACCACCCGAGAGGAAUGUGGAUAGCGUCGACCUCGGCAGUGAAGCCACAUUUCCAAGAGGCAGUGGAGAAAGCACGAGGGAGGCAGUCGGUUACAAUGAUGAAGGAGACAGCGAGAGCCUGACAAACAAGUGGAAGAAGUUCAAGGCUAAGCUGAAGAGGUCAACAAGCAAGAGGAGUUUAAGGAGUGUCAAAAGUGCGAAGAGCGUGAAGAGCGUAAAGAGUGCAAGGUCUGGGAAAGAAGACGAGUAG